ACGAGUACUACCCGAGAAAGCACAGUGCAGUCGGUUUCUUUGCCUUUGGUUUCUGUUAGAAGAAAAGAGAUGGCAGCUGCCCCGAUCGAACGAACGGGAAUUGUUCAAGAUGAAUUAACAGGUGAGAAAUUUAUUCCUGCAAGCCGGCGCCCUGAUGGGUCAUGGAGGAAACCACGUCGAGUGAAGGAAGGUUAUGUUCCACAGGAAGAAGUGCCAACGUAUGAGAACAAAGGUGUUCAGUGGCAGAAGAGCAGCAUGUCUUCCCUUCCACCGGGCCUCAAUCCUGAUACAGCGCCACAAGCAAGCAACAAACAACCAUCAGAAAACACAGAAAACAUGUCCAAGGCAGCAAAAAAGAAUGCCAAGAGAAAAGAGAAGAAAAAACAACAGGAUGGUCAGACAGUGUCGGUAACUCAAUCAGGACUUCCGGUUGUGAAUAUCUCAGAACAAAUGGCUAGAACUUCUUUGAAUGCUAAAAAAGACAAGGUUGAGGGUGACAAGCAUGACACGCUGAGGAAAGUCAGACAGUUGAGAAAGAAGGUGAAACAGAUUGAGGACUUGGAGAGAAGGAUAGAGACAGGGGAGUUGAAGCAACCAGAGAAGGACCAGCUGGAUAAGAUCUCAAAGAAGCAGUCCCUAGUUGAUGAGAUGGAGGAGUUACAAUUGGAACUUGAUGAUUGAUUGUUGGUUUAUGUAAAGUUUUAACUUUUAAGUGUUUUAAUUUAGAUGCUGAUUGUUUUAAUUGACAAUCAAUUUAAUGAGAUAGAGGAGUUACAAUUGGAACUUGAAGGUUGAUGAUUGGUUUAUGUAAAGUUUUAACUUUUAAGUGUUUUAAUUUAGAUGCUGAUUGUUUUAAUUGACAAUCAAUUUUAAUGGAGUUGAAACUUGGUGAUUUAUUUACAGAAAGUGCAUUUAAAUUGGAAAGCUCGGAUGGAAUUGUAUAACAUGCAAUUAAAAAGAGUCAUGACCGAGAAAUUAAAAUAUGAACUUAACAUAAUGCAGAAUGGCAUAUAGUUAGGGAGUCAAUACAUAGUGUUUUAAUUGUCAUGUUUUAUUUCUUAAACAAUCUGUGAGUUCAUGUAUACUUGAUAAAUAAUGUAGUAGUUGAUAUUUAAAUGUAUCAUAAUUUUAUUCAAUGUAAAUACAUGUAAGGGUAGUUGUGAAGUAAGGAAAUGAAUAUGUCCAUAUAAGACUAAACAAGUUUUUAAAAAAAACCACUGUACACAGUGAUUAACAGUCCUGGGGUUCGUUGAAUUUAAGGUCUUUAGGUGUAAAGUGAAAAAACCUUAGUCAAGUUAAAAAUAAAAAUUUACUGAUACCUUUAGACUUAAGUCAGACAAUUUAAAACACAUUUGAGGAAAUGAAAGAAGCUAAAUUGUUACCAGUUGUGAUGUUCCUACCAUUAUAAGAUUUGUGGAAUUACGACAAAGAUCCUCCAAGGUGUAUAUACAGAUGUGUAUAUUUUAGCAUUUGAUUUGAUUGGUGUGAUAAUUAUAUUUUAUUAACUGAUUGUUAUUACUUACAUGAAUGAUUUUUACCCAUUGCAAUGUAAAUACAAAAUAAAAAUAAAUAAUAAAUGUAAA